UACGAAAAGGGCAAGCCGCUGGUAAACCUCGUCGACAACAUGGUAAAGCUCGGCUCGCUUUACAACUGCAACCGGGCGAACGGCAUGAGCUGCAACAGCUUGCCGGGCUCGCGUUACGACUUCACGCCGGACAACAGCGCCAGGGAGCAACACCGCGACCGGCUCGAGUUCAACCAGCGCGUCCAGGAGCAGAGGCUGCUCGCCGAGGAGCGACGCGACUGGGACAGGCUCAGCCCCGAUCACGGACAGCUGCAGGCGAAGGUGCAGCAGCUCUACAAAUUGGAUCAGUUGCUUCAAGAGGAAUCCGGAACCCUGCACAGUCUGCAGCAGAACAAGGAACUGCUGGAGAAAGCUCUGGGUGGUCUGAGGCACAAGAUGCAGGGCUGCAGUCGCAACAAUCCGGCGGAGGCUGAGCGUUACCGGGAGCAACAAUUGCUGCUAGAACGUGAGCUCAGCCGUGUUCGCCUGCACCUUGCCCACAAUUCCAAG